ACCAGGGCAGCAGCCGCCGCAGCCGCCGCCGCUGGACUGAGGAGCCGGAGACGCGGGCGGACGAGGUGGCGGCGGCGGCGGAGCAGGAGCGGGCAUCGGGCGCGGGCAGAGCGUGUUGGCGCGGGUGUAUUCCAGACUUCAAACCUCUUUGCUAUAUUGACACUGAGCUGUCAACGGACUCAGGCUUAUGAGGAGGUACUGUCACGCAAAACAGUGUCUAGUGAAGACGACAAGAAAGAGGGGAAAGGAUCGGAAGAAAAAGCAAAGAUACUAUAGAAAACCAUGAGAUCUAUUCGAUCUUUUGCCAAUGAUGAUCGCCAUGUUAUGGUGAAGCAUUCAACAAUCUAUCCGUCUCCAGAAGAACUUGAAGCGGUUCAGAAUAUGGUGUCUACUGUUGAAUGUGCUCUUAAACAUGUCUCAGAUUGGCUGGAUGAAACAAAUAAAGGCACAAAAAUAGAGGGUGAGACAGAAGCCAAGAAAGAUGAGGCCGUAGAAAACUAUUCCAAGGAUCAAGGUGGUCGGACAUUGUGUGGUGUAAUGAGGAUUGGCUUGGUCGCAAAGGGCUUGCUGAUUAAAGAUGAUAUGGACUUGGAGCUGGUUUUAAUGUGCAAAGACAAACCCACAGAGACCCUGUUAAACACAGUCAAAGAGAAUCUUCCUAUUCAGAUUCAGAAGCUCACAGAAGAGAAAUACCAAGUGGAGCAAUGUGUAAAUGAGGCCUCUAUUAUAAUUCGGAACACAAAAGAGCCCACACUAACUUUGAAGGUGAUACUUACUUCCCCCCUCAUUAGGGAUGAAUGGGAGAAGAAGGAUGGAGAAAAUGUUGCGAUGAAAGAUCCUCCGGACUUACUGGACAGGCAGAAAUGCCUGAACGCCUUGGCGUCUCUUCGACAUGCUAAAUGGUUUCAGGCAAGGGCAAAUGGAUUAAAAUCGUGUGUAAUUGUCCUCCGCAUUCUCCGUGAUUUGUGCAACAGAGUUCCCACGUGGGCACCGCUAAAAGGAUGGCCACUAGAGCUUAUAUGUGAAAAGUCUAUAGGUACUUGUAAUAGACCUUUGGGCGCUGGGGAGGCCUUGAGACGAGUAAUGGAGUGUUUGGCAUCUGGAAUACUACUUCCUGGGGGUCCUGGUCUUCAUGAUCCUUGUGAGCGAGACCCAACAGAUGCUCUGAGCUAUAUGACCAUUCAACAGAAAGAAGAUAUUACCCACAGUGCACAGCAUGCACUCAGACUAUCAGCCUUUGGCCAGAUUUAUAAAGUGCUGGAGAUGGAUCCCCUUCCAUCAAGUAAGCCUUUUCAGAAGUAUUCCUGGUCAGUUACUGAUAAAGAAGGUGCUGGGUCUUCAGCUCUGAAGAGGCCAUUUGAAGAUGGAUUGGGGGAUGAUAAAGAUCCCAAUAAGAAGAUGAAACGAAAUUUAAGGAAAAUUCUGGACAGUAAAGCAAUAGACCUUAUGAAUGCACUAAUGAGGCUAAACCAGAUCAGGCCUGGGCUUCAGUAUAAACUUUUGUCUCAGUCUGGACCUGUCCAUGCCCCAGUCUUCACAAUGUCUGUAGAUGUGGAUGGCACAACAUAUGAAGCCUCAGGACCAUCCAAGAAAACAGCAAAACUUCAUGUAGCAGUGAAGGUAUUACAGGCAAUGGGAUACCCAACAGGCUUUGAUGCAGAUAUUGAAUGUAUGAGUUCGGAUGAAAAAUCAGAUAAUGAAAGUAAAAAUGAAACAGUGUCUUCAAACUCAAGCAAUAAUACUGGAAAUUCUGCAACUGAAACCUCCAGUACCUUAGAGGUAAGAACUCAGGGCCCCAUCCUCACAGCAAGUGGCAAAAAUCCUGUCAUGGAGCUCAAUGAAAAAAGAAGAGGUCUCAAGUACGAACUCAUCUCAGAGACGGGUGGAAGCCACGACAAGCGCUUUGUGAUGGAGGUGGAAGUCGAUGGACAGAAGUUCAGAGGUGCAGGUCCAAAUAAGAAAGUGGCAAAAGCAAGUGCAGCUCUCGCUGCCCUGGAGAAACUCUUUUCUGGACCUAAUGCAGCAAACAAUAAGAAAAAGAAGAUUAUCCCUCAGGCAAAGGGUGUUGUGAAUACCGCUGUGUCUGCAGCAGUCCAAGCUGUUCGGGGCAGAGGAAGAGGAGCUCUAACAAGGGGAGCUUUCGUUGGGGCUACUGCUGCUCCUGGCUACAUAGCUCCAGGCUAUGGGACGCCAUAUGGUUACAGCACAGCUGCCCCCGCCUAUGGUUAAUACUUUUAAGCAGUUUUCAGCACGUUUAUCUCACUUUAUUCUCGUUCUCCUCGGACCUUCGUAGCCAUAUCACUUGUGUAAAGUAGGCUGAGGCAUAGUGACUGUAAGCUGUGAUCUCAGUGUGCGAAGGUAAGCUCUUUUAUUUUCUGAUUAAAGAGAAAAAUAAUCAGCUAGCACAACAUGCAUAUAUGACAAUCAUAUAUGAUGUGUUUGAUCUCCUAGGUCUUAUGUCAUCACAUUACCUUAAGAAAUUUGAUGGUGUAAAUGUGAAAUUGUUAUUUUCAGUAUUUGCUUUACUGCCCUUGUAACUGCUUUUUAGUCCAGAGAGUCAAGUUAAAUGUAUGUACAUGUGUAGAAACUCAGGGUGCGACGUGUAUGUAAGUUACACACAUGCACCUGUUUGAAUACAAACAAGAAUUCAGUGGUAGACCAGUUCACCUAAGGUACAUUGAAUGACAGGGCACUCUUGUCCAAAGCACUGGAGUUUCAUAAGUAGCGAGAUUGGUGACAGUGCUGGAAGGAUCCAUGUAAGUAGUGAUUGCACAAGCUGAGGAUCAAGUGCCAAUUUCUCAAGGAGAGAAGCUUCUCUGAGAAAUGAAAAUCUCUGAUCUGUGUUGUAUGUCCCAAUACAACAGCAAGAAGCCAUAACAAAAAAAGCAAUAGAAAAUGGAAAAAAAAAAAAACACCAAAAUAUUAAGGUAACUAUGGAAAAACACAUGAUUGACUGAGAUGAGCUGAUUCUCUGUAGGACACACUUCAGCAAGACUCAGAGUGCUGCAUACUGAGUCCGCACAGACCAGAUAGACUGAGCAGUCCCGCUGCCUCCCCCAGGCCGCAGCCAGGCCAUCUCCCUCUCAACUCCCUCUCACUCGGCCGUCAGCAGUUCCUGGGAGGGUAGGCCGACCAUUUAACAAGGAUUGACUUCAUUUCAUGUGUCGCAUAGAUGCACAUUCUUAUGUAUCAGAUGUUCUGCUGAGGUCUGUGAACACACACAGAGAUUAAAGUGAAUUUUCCUGUUUUGUAUCUGUUUCUAAGUAGCAGUUUCUUUUUCUUACUAACUUGAAGGUUGCUGGAACAACUUCUUUCCCGGACAGAAUCUGUAUGUACCUUCGAUGUGGCUCUGGCAGCUGUAAAAGGCUGUGUGUUGUGGCUGCCUGGUUCGAGUGCAGCCUGGGGCCUGGUAGAGGCCAGCUGCUUCCAGAGGCACUAACCUUCGAAAGCAUUUUCAGGCUGACCGUCCCCGUGUUGGUGGAAUUGAGCCUCUUGUAAAUAUCCUACUUUGGGGGACAAGUAGUAUGUUAGCAGUGGCAGAAGAAUAUUAACUUAAUUGUUCUGUUUUAAGAUACUUAAUAAUGUAGGCCUUCUGUUGUCACUGAAAUCAUGGGUAUUGCUUGGAAACUCACUCAUUGAAAAUAUUUCCCUGGCAGUUUUGAGAGCCUGAAACCUACCCUGGUUCUUGUUCAUGGACCUCUGUCCAAUCAGGAAGUGAGCCGAAUUUAAAAACAAAGAAACAAACAAAAACAACACUCCAGCCCUCCUUCGGUAGUUCUGUAGCAAAGCAAAGGACAAGGUGGCUGUCUACGCUCUCAGCAGUGGCUGAUCGUUUCAUGUCCCUGUUUGGAUUUCAGCAAUCGCUGGAGCAGGAUGGUCUUGAAUAGUGAGCUUGGGGAAAGGGAGACAGCAGAGACCCCACCCAGCCCCAGCAAUGGGAUUUCUAGCAAUUCAGAGCCCUAAAGACCAGGGGCUUUCACAGCAGGGACAGCCGAAAACAAGCCCGCUCUAGGAAUGGGCGUCCUGAUUCUCAUUCAUCUUGGCCAGUGCCUCCUUGGGCAGGGGAGGUGCGCUGUGAGAUCACUCAGAAUAAGAGAGGUUCUGCAGUAUCCCACACGCACUCUAAAGAUUUGAUUCACGCUGUCCAGUGACCACAGGUUUCUCAGGACUACCAGGAGGCCUGGGAGGGAGACAGAGUACAGGAGUAAUGCGAGUGUAGUGUUGCGUUUCGCGCACUGGUUACAGAGCACAGAGCUAGGACUCUCUCGUACAAUAGAGAGGGGUCGCUUUCCCGAGAGCAUCUUCCAGAAAGACCGUCUAAGUCAAGAACUGAAGUGGGGUUGUGAGCGUAGAUUUGUUUUCCGACAUUGUCAUUCCAGGUAGCAGCUAACAGCUUCCAUUGAUGCUUGAAGCAGUGAUCUUUGGAGGUUUUUAAAAAUAAUACCAUAAUGCAAAUUAGGUUAUGUAAGCUUUACAGCACAGCUACAAAUAGGGAGCAGAAACCCUGUGGGAGUCUGCGCCAAGUGUUUCUCUGGUCCUGGCACAUGCACAUGGGGCUUGGGGUUAGAGGGAUUAGUUAAUAAGUGUACAUGCUCUGAACAGCCCCUUGUGUGGGCAGACUCAGUAAACGUGGCCUGUGGAGGUGGCAGGCGGUCUGUACAGGAGGUGAGGCUGUGCUGAGGGGUGUGGCCUGCUCAGGGUGCUGCUGUGUUGGUUCCUUGGCACUGACAAGUGUGGGCUGCUCCCAGGCUGUGGGAGAGAGCUGCUAGCUCCAGGGCUGCGACAGAAACACAGCCGAAGCCCUGGGGCGGCUGGUGUGGCAAGGCUGCUGUGGGGCCUGGCUGAAUGGAAUUCCUCCCAUUUCUGCCGUGUGGGUAAAGCAGCAGCCAGUCUGCUGCCAGGGCCUGGUAAGCUUUCUUGCUGUGGGAUUUCAGGCUGAGAACUUCCAGGGCUGAGCUUUGAGUAUCUGCCUACUGAUUCCAAGCUUCCUACCAGUGCAUUGAAACACAACAAAAAAGCCAGCCUGGUGUUUGAUUUCAGCUGCCCAUGAACGCAGUGCUCAGAGCAGGUGGGGAGCCAGUUAUUAUGAACCCUGGGAAGGAAGGGCCGGGAGACUGCUGGCAGGCCUCGAGCGCCAUGGACUCAGCUGCUCCCCUGGACAGCACUCCUGUGACAUCUCUUCUAGUUUGCUUUGACACUUUGGGGGAGAAACACCUGUACUCAUCACCACAUGAGACCUCCCUCUGUCAGGCUUAGGAAAAACCAUAUCCGUGCGCGUCCCUCUGCGGACAUCCCUGUGUGCAUCUAUCUUAUCCAUUUAUCUGUUUACCGAGACAGAGUUUGGUGAGUUGCUUUUCAGGAGAAAAGAAUGGGUUGAUGGUAAAGUUGCCAUUGUUGGAAUGAUGGGUGUCCAUAACUGUCUGCAGAGGACUCCUUGAGAAGAGUGGCAGGGGCACCCCUGGGGUGUGCAGGAGGUGGUGGGCUCUGUGGGGAGCACAGGUGGAACUUGGAAGGUGAUCGAAGCUUGGGAACCUGCAUGUGGACAAGGGUUGAGUGUUACCUUUAGGGAGGCAAAAGAUGGACUCGUCAUUGGAGGCUUUUCUUAAUCCAGGGAACAGUUGUGUAACGACGUCCUGGCUGAGGAUAGCACGUUGCUCCCGGCUCGGGCUGCUGGGUAGGAUCUUUGCCUCAUUCGGUCAACCAUUUGUUUGCAGCCUAACGGCUGGCACCUCCUAAGGAGGGUCUUGUUCUUCCUGGGCAGAACUUUGCCCUGCAGAUGAGCGAUGCUGCCUCUGCCGGGGGUGGGAGGAGGGAGCCGCUGGAAGUGGGUGAUGCAGGAGCAUCUGCUGCUGCUGCUGCUGCUGCUGCUGCUCGGCCCGCGGGAGGGAACGGACUCGGCCCGGCCACGGUCGGGACACUGGCUUAGCACUGUCCAGAAACCCAGUCUCUUUCUGUGUGUUAAGGUUCUCCUACUUUGAUCCUUUACUGAGUAUGCAUGGAGGGUCUCUGUCUUCAAGAGUCCCUGCAUGUCCCCAGGCUCGCCACUGGCUGCAGCUUAGAUGGGUCACUUCGGGGCUGGGGGCUGCAGAGGAAGGAAAAUGCCGAAGAAAGUAUCGGGGUGCCGCGUCGUGGACGUUCCUCCCAGUUCUCAGAUGGCUUUCUUGAUGGCGGUGGUCUCUCAGAGAUCCAGAGUGACACCCCAGGUUAAGUGCUAGAGCCACGGAUGACACCCAGCUCUGUCCUGGCCAAAGCCUUUUUCUGCUACACCGACCGAUGGGUGCAAAGUCCAGAAUGAAACUGGAGUCCAGGCCUUCUGACCGCAGGCUCAGACUGUCAGCGCCUGUGUGAACACAGGAAGCUUUUGCAUUUACAGCGUUCUCUGGGCUGCUUGGAUGUCAGUGGGAAACCACGGCACAUGUUUUCACUUGGCUAGAUUUUCUGAGGGCUCACUGCCUGCCUGGCCUGGCCUGGCAGGCGAUGCCGAAGGAAGACUGGGGAGGCUUUGGCCGAGUAAAGGGAACAGGAGCUUGGGGGGACAAGAGCCCAGGUGGGGGCCGUGCACGUGGGGAGGUGCUCCUGGGCAGGCACCGGGAGAGCUGGGGGAGGGCACGCGCCAGGCCUCUCGUCCCUGCCGGCAGCGUUAGGGUUAGGGUUAGGGUUUCAUUCUGGACUUUGCACCUGCUCGGCGCCCGUCGGCGUCUGCUGUCAGCUGCCUCACCGACGCCUUUCCUGAUCGACGCCAGCUGGGCCCCUCAGGAAGGUGGCUGGGUAUAGAGAUGGCCUUGGGACCCUUUAUAGGGAAAGAAUUCGCCGCUCACCCAAGGCGUCUUCCUUGGCAGCUGGAAGGAGGGCAGCCUGAGAGAGGAAGCUGUUUGAAGGCCCCGGCUGGCUGGGCCCUGGGUGCUGGCGUUGCUGCCACACGUGCUGUGCACGGGCCCCUCUCCCGUUUCUCCCCUGCCUGCUCUGGCAGCCCAGUGAAGUGGUGCAGGCCUGGGUGGUGGUUCCCCUCCUGCUGGGGAUGCUGGAGCCAAGGAGCUCUCCAAACCACCUGGCUUGUUGUGGCAAAACAGCGCGGCUCUUAGCAGUGAGCUUUUAGCCCCAGAGAGGAAAUGUCAUGUCUUACUCUGCUUGUGGAGUUAACACAAACCCUUGCUUAGAGGUUAGUUUCUGGAGAUUUUCUUCUUUUCCAAAUGAGGAAAUGGAGGCUUAGAUAAAGUGACUUGCCUCAAAUUAUACCACGGCAAGUAGCACAGCACCCGUGUCCCGGCCGUGCCUGCCCAGCACCGGCACUCUGCGUCCCACGGCCACACGUCCACGGUGGCCUCGCUGUGGCGCGCCCUGCUCCCCUUUGCUCAGACUGUGUGACUUCACCUGCUCGCCUGCCCCUGCCCCUCCUGCCGUCUCUCCGAAUCCCAGUCUUCCCAGGCGCACGCUUUCUGUUAGCUCCUGGGAAGGUGGCCGUCAGUCCUGGGCUGAUUUCCCUGGACCGCCUUGCUGUGCGGUAACAGCCCUGUGAUCAAGUGCGGAUUUAGAGGGACCCUUGCGGGCUGGAAGCGGGGAAGGGGGUGUGCAGGGGGAGGUGUGUGUUCUGUGUUUGCCUCCAUCCGCAUGUUGCCUGCUGGCUGUCCCGCCCAGGCCAUCAGUGUGGGCUCUGCCUGGAAGGAGACACUAGGGUUCCCUUUGGUCAGGUGGUGCUCAGCCUUCUGAAACUCUGCCGGCCCUCGGAGGCGAGGUCGAAGGAAGUACAGAGAAGGUUUUCCCGGAGGUGCGACGGGGGCCAGGUGGCGCCCCAGGUAGAGGCCCAAGGGUCAGGGCUCUGAUGGGGAGCCCCGGGAUGAUUCUGUCAGGGAUUCCAGAAGGGUCGAGACAGGGGAAGUGGGUCAGGCAGACCUGAGGAGAGGCUAAGAGGCGAGCUCCGUGCGUGUCUGAGCAGGAGCCGGUCGUUCGCCGUGAAGAAAGCUCCCCGUAGUGUGUUGUUUGGGCUGAGCUCGGGUGUGACGUGGCCAGGCCUUCUCCCAGCCUGUGCACCUGUUCAUAAUUCCCUGCUGCUGAGACCCAGAGCAGAGGGCAGCAAACCCUGGACUGAGCAGGCCGGAGCAGAAUGUUCCAUCAUCUGUGUGGGGGAGACGCCUGGGAGUGCUUGGGGGCUGCACUCUGGGGACCCCAAGUCAGGAGAGGAGCUGGGCACAUCAACACAUCGGCUCACAGGCAGACAAGUGCUUCCUGGUCAGCUGGACAUAGAUCUGGCGUUGUCUAGUUGGGGAGAGUGUGUGUGUGUGUAGGGAACCCUUUCAGGCAGCGUGGGAGGUGAGGUGGUGGGCAGACGGCCAGUCUCGGGGCAUUUCACGGAAGACCCUGGGUGCUGUGUCCUUCAGGGGUUACAACCAUCCCAAAAGGGGAAAGAAUUCCGGGGUGCUGAGUGGACAGCCAGAUGGCCGAGGACCAGAGGGUGCAGGGCGAUGGGGGGAGGCUGGCCGAGCCACAGCGGCAGGAUGGGAGCCUUCACCAGUGCCCACUGUGGGAGGAGCCUGCCGGAGUGCUCCUCCCAGUGCUCCCUGGACCCCGCAUGCAUGCAACAGGUUUUUUAGCCAGGGGACGGUGUAGGCUUUGUACUUGGUCGUUGGAGGGCAGUCUGUGGAUUGACCGAGGGUUUGAUGUAGGCCUGUUCUGCUUCUCUCCCAGCCCUGCCUCUUACACCCCAUCCUGGACUGGAGGGGUCAGGCCUUGUGCAUGUCCACAGCUCUGCUCGAAGCUGUGGCCUGGACCCUGACUCUGGCACGAGCAGUGUCUACCUACAAGGGCCUCUGUGUCCUCCCCACAGCGAGCAGAGUCCCCUCGUUGUGAGUUUCGAUGGGAAAAUACACAGGAAGCACUGAUUGAGACUUGGUGUCAGGAACCUUGUUGUUAAAGGGCCAGGCGGUAUUUCAGGCUUCGUGGACCUGAAGUCUCUGUGGGCUGUGCGGGCUGGUCCGCCCUGUCCCGGGAGCAGGCACAGUAGAGGUGCACGGCUGUGCUCCGGUGACGCUUGAUGGAAACCCUGGGCCCUGUCUUGCCAGGCCCUGCUGAGACUAUGGCCCUUAGGUGCCCUUUCGCUCGGUCAUGCCUAGAAAUCUCCUUCCCACGUGCCCCCUGCGCCCUCAUCUUUCCCCAGAGGCUUCCGCGUGGCGCGGAGAGGAGCAGCAGCACCGCUGCCCUUGAGUGCUUAGGGCAGUGCCCGUGGCGGGGCUCGGGGAGGCCUGGCUGGGGCUGAGCCAGGGCCGCGCGACAACUCCACGUGGCUGCACGGGGCCGUGAGGCUGGGAGCGCAGUGCUCAGGAGCGUGGACCUCCUGUCGGGCAGGGAAGACCCUGUGGAUAGUUGGCUCAGGAGGGGACACGGUCCUGAGGACCUUUUAGAAAUGUGAUUUUUUAGCUGGUGGCUGUGGGUGUCGGGGCACCCCGCCUUUUAGACAGCACAGAGCUUGGUGAAAUUCCGCAUCUUCAGGCUUUUUCUCUCCUGCUGUCACGUCAGAGGCGACAACUCAGCCAUUCUCUCUUCAGAAGUAACUGGGGCUGGGCUCCCACGGUCCCAUGGCGGCCGCCUCUGUGGGCCCCGGGGCUCGCCAGCACAGGGGGCAGCGCUGAGAGCAGGGGAGAUGCUGGCCUCCAGUCCCCAAAAGCCAGAGAGCAGCAGAACCGGGGGGAGUCAGACCGGGGCUGGCCCCACAGGGAGCAGCAGAACCGGGGGGAGUCAGACCCGGGGCUGGCCCCACAGGGAGCAGCAGAACCAGGGGGAGUCAGACCCGGGGCCUGCCCAGUGUCGUGGCUGCUGCGGCCGAACCCGGCAUCGCGGGUUUCGUGGGCGGCUGAAGGAAGCCACGGUGCACAGAGUAGCAAUGAAAGUGUAGCUGGAUGCUGCUUGCCCUCAGUGAAAUUGUGAAUCGGAUUUCUGGCAGGCAGUCACUGCCAUGGUGGCAGAGGCUCUGGUCUGUGGCCUUCUGUGGAGGAGGGGCUGUGCCCCGGGCUUUUCUGUCUGGUCUUCCCGGGGCCACGUGUGCUGCUGAGCCUCGCACAGCAGCGCGUGCACCGCAACUCUGCAGAGCACUCUCCCAUCUCCUAGAGGAGUUCUCGGGUUCCUAGAGGGGGAGAGGACAAACGAGCCCGGCCUUGGCGGUGGAGAAUGGAAUGCCGCCGUCACAGCCAGUAUGGUCAGCUCUGGUCCCCCUCCCGCCUACGUGCAGACUCUGGUCUGCCGGCACUUCAGGCACCGCCCGAACUGGAGUCACACCCAGGCCACCUCUGCUCUGCCCGUGCCAGGCUCCGUGCCAUCUGCCUUGCUUCCUGCUUAGGGAAACAGGAUGGUCACAAAGGCUUUUUUUUUUUUUUUUUUAAACUCUAACCGAAAGGUUUCUGCCGUUCUGGGAAUCAGAAUCAGUUUUUCCUUUUUCUGGUUCAUGGAGAUGGAUCAAGACUAGGGAUGGGAGAAAGGCCAGCUCGGAAGCUCCUUUGCCCGCCGUGACGGAGCGUUGCGUCUCAGCUGUCCAGCCGCCUUCCCCUCAGCUGGUGGCUCGUGCUGUCCGCCUCCAUUCAGGCCGAGCACCACUCAGCCCUGGGGCUUAAGAAGAGCAGGGUCAGCAGCAGGGCCCACUGUCCGGGUGCGCGCAUCUCUUGGCCCACCCACCGGCUUCCUCUGGCCAGUGGCCUGUGCGUGAGGUAGGAUUUGAAAGUUAGCCAGGCAAGCUCUAGUUGCAAAAAUACCUCUGUUACUACCUGCCAUAGAGCCGGAAGUGCUCCCUGGGUCAUCACGCACGCUCAGGCUGGCCCUGCACGGUCAUGUGGAGUUCACUCCGCACCCUCUUCCCCAGGCUCACUUAGUACGGUGGCUUUGCAGCAGUGGGAGGGGCGGGCAGGCUGCUCCUCCCCCAGUCCCACUCUGUCUCGCAGGAAUCCGGGCUGGCUGUGGCCCUGUGCUGCCUCCAGGUAGACUUCCCUCCCAGCACACCAGGCCUGCGUGGGCCACGUGGGGGCCCCGCGGCGUCCUCUUCUCGGAGCGGACACACACUUCAGCCUCUAGUGGUGUUUAGCUGUCUUCCCCAGAGCACCUCUGAACUCAGGCCUUUCCCCCAGACCUGCUGGGCUGGGCCUUUGGUGUAAGUGGCCACUUCCUUUAGAAGCCGGGGCUCCUGGGGUAGCCAUCACUAGGGCUAGUGCACUCCAGGAGCAGGAGGCUCAUGGGCUUGAUCCCAAGGGUGCUUUUGGCAGGGGGCUCUGGGGGAGGGCUCAGACCCCAGCCCCACAGCCCCUGUGCUGUGUGUCUUGUUCUACCCGCCGUGGUGCGUGCAGCCCUUUUGGACAGGUAGGGCUUGUCAGCCGGUGUAGACCUGAAGCCCUAGGCUGCUAGGUAAGCGGCUCCUCUCAGAGCCAGGUGGCCCCUGAGCCCUGGCUGCGGGCGCAGGCCGAGUGUAGUUGUGGGUGGAGAAGCUUCCCCUGUGCACACUUCGCACCGCACACUGGCCGCCUCGCUGUAACUCGCUCUGGUCUGGUAAUGGCCAAGCUUGUUUUUAGAAAUCUCUUACCUGUAUCUGUCUACUGUGUUUUUCUGAGUACGAAGUGUAAAUAGUAUAAUUUGCAGCGCAAGGUCCUUGGCAAUAACUUUGUUCUGUAUUGUGUUGACCACUGGAAACGUGACCACCGUGGAUGUCCCCGGGGCAGGGAUUCAGUAGGACUCUGACUUUGACCCUGGGCAUGGCUGGAGCAGCAGCCUGCGGGAGUGGACUCUCAGUGCCUCGCCUGGAGAUGCCUGGCCGGCCCGCACAGGAAGCCCUGCUGCCAGCCGUGCAGGCGGCGCCCCCACUGCGGCUCCCUCGCGCCGUGUUGGACUCUGCCAGAGACUCUGACAGUUUGUAUGGAUGCCCUGACAUGUUGCAUUUCCCCCGUCUGGAUGAAUAAAAAUAAAUGCUUCCGUCUUAAAACCACAAUGGGCUGAUGCUGUGUGCGGGACCUCCUGGGAAACGCUCAGGCCGCCUGCUGCCCUCACGGCGAUCUGGGGGGUGGGAGGUGGGGUUCCUGACAG